CUAGAACCAUAGUAUACACAUAAAUAUACUGCCAAGGUUCCUGCAUGGAUGAUGUCAGCGCCGCGUGGAUAAAGGAAACCUAAUCGGCAUUAUUAACCCCAUUCCAUCACACCAGCAGCACCGCAUCCUACCAUCACAAUCCUAAUCCAUCAUACUACCGAUAAUACCAUGACAGCAGCAGUAUUCGGCUCUACCGGAGCCGUCGGCUCCCAAAUCCUAGCCGCCCUCCUCACAACAGACACCUUCACACAUAUCAAGACCAUCUCCAGACGCCUCCCAACAGCUACAUCCCCCAAACUCGAAGCCCUCCAAGAAAGCGACCCCUCAAAAUGGGGCUCCAUGAUCUCGACGCUCUCUCCCAAACCAUCAUCCGUCUUCAACGCCAUCGGCACGACCAGAGCUGCAGCGGGUGGACUCCAGAAUCAGUGGAAGAUCGACCACGACCUGGUGAUUGAGAAUGCGCGGGCUGCUAAGGAGGCGGGAGUCAAGACGUAUGUGUUUGUUUCGUCUGCGGGGACGAGGGGGCUUUUCUCGGGUUAUGUGCCGUACUCGAAGAUGAAGGUCGGAGUGGAGGAUGCUAUUCGAGAGUUGGGGUUUGAGCAUGCUGUGAUUUUGAGACCGGGGAUGAUUAUUGGGCGCGAGAAGUCGAAGGCCCCGAUGUUGGAGAAGGCUGUGGAGUGUUUGAGUGUGUUGGGGCAGGGGGUGCAGGAUCGGAUUGGCCAGGAUCAAGCUACUAUCGGUAGAGCUGCUGUUGCGGCAGCGCGGAUGGUGGAAGAGGGAAAAGCGCCGGAGAAGUAUUGGGUGUUGGAGAUGGCUGAUAUUGUCAAGUUGGGGAGGGAUGAGUGGAAGUAAUCUCUCUCCCUUUCUCUUCUCUCUCUUUUCUUUUGUUUCUUAUGUCGAGCUGGUUUUCUAUGGAUAUAAUACGAAUAUGGUAGGUCAGACUAAUAAUGGAGAUCCCAAUAUCUGUGGUUCUUCUAUCAUGCACUGACUGGGUAAGAAAAACAGUAAGGUACAGUAUGUAGCACCAG